UAACUAUGAGCCUUACAGAACUUCAUACUGGUCUCACAGAGGCAGCCACAGAGCAGACAGCAGACACCAUGGGAUCCCCUUCAGUCUCUACCCACAGAGGAGUUGUCCACUGGCAAGGGCUCCUGCUGGUUGUCUCAAUAUUAAACCACUGGUACACACCCACUGCUGCCCAAUUCACUGUUGUGCCGACCAAUGCUGCUGAAGGGACAACUGUGAGCCUACGUCUCCACAAUACGCCUCCUAAUGUUACAAGCUUUGUAUGGUACAGGGGAGAAGGGACAAUCCCCUAUAACAAAAUUGCAACUUUUGAUAUAAACCAAAAAACACAUGUGAGAGGGCCUGCAUACAGUGGACGAGAGGAAAUAAUCUAUGAUGGAUCAUUGAUGUUAACAAAUGUCACCCUGAAUGACACAGGAAACUACACUGUAGAGGUCUACCCGGGAGGCUCAGUGAGAGAAGUAAGGUUUGGACAGCUUCAUGUAUAUGAGCUUGUGAGAAUGCCCACCUUCCUAUUCAGCAACAUCACAAGCAUAGACAAUAAGGAUGUUGCAGUCUUGAUUUGCGACACAAAUGCAGUGUCCAUCCAGUGGUUGUUCAAUGGCAUGGAUCUGCAGCUCUCAGAGACAAGGAAGCUGUCUGAGGACCACAGAAGCCUCACCAUAGACCCCAUCCAGAGGGAGGAUGUUGGUUUAUACCAGUGUAGAGCCUCCAACCCCAUCAGUUAUGCUGAAAGUUGGGCCCUUGAGCUGCAAGUGCAACAUGACUGACCCUCAACCCCUCUUCUUUGUUAUUAAAUUCUAAAUAAAGUAUUUUGCAUUAUUAUAAUAGACUUGUUCAGAAGGUGAAUAGUUCUUAAAAGAUUUGCACUGAGUUGAUAAAUGCAUAACAAUGUGAGAUGACAUUGUCAUUAUUGCUGACCUAAGGUCACACCCCACCUCAGUUUCAUCUCAUUUGUGCCAUGUCCACCUCAGAAGGAAUACCAAGUCCCUCAAACAAGGCACAGUGGUUGUGUGAUGAUCAAAGGGAGCAGGUGGUAAGCUUGCAGGAGUCCAAGCUGUUUCCCUCCUCCAGGGAGCCGUGUACAGGGCAUGUGGAUACUGUGUGGAUAAUGGAAAUGAAAAGAGGACACCCAAGAGCAUAGCAACAGUGACUUCUUUCUCUCUGUUUUACUUUCAAAGUUCCUAAAGUUUU